AUGAAAUAUCUGUCAAAAUAUAAAGGGGACAUGCCAAGUGGCCAUGUUAACAAAAAUGGGAAGGUUAUUAGGAACAGAGAAAGUGAAGAUCGGUACUGUAAUGUCACUUACAUAUCAGGAAGUGAUCAUGAUGAAAAUAAUAGAUUAUCCGGAGACAGUAAUAGUUACAGAAAGGGUAAUCGAAUCAUCCCACCAAGGAGAAAAACUAGACACUCAAAGGACAAUGUAAUUGCUGGAGGUGGAAAACCAUUAGUUGAAUACUCCGAUGUCAGCUCUGAAACAUUGUCAUCUGGCCCAGAGCUGGGAGAAAUAACGGAAGAUGAACACAUUAACCUGUCAGAUGGGGAAGUUAGUAGGAGUGAUCUUUAUAGAAUGAGCCAAGGAAAAGAUAUUUUGCAUAGAACUCAUCAUAAAAUUAAACACCAUAAGUCUAGGCAUCAUGAAGGGUCACCAUUAGUACUAACUAGAUCUCCUUCACUGCUUCCAAUACACAAGCAUAAAAAAAAACAUAGAGAAGAAACACCAAGCAGAGAUUACAGAUCUCGGAGCAGUAGCGGUGCUGAUAUUUCAAGAACUCCUCCGUUACUAGACAGAUCACAGGGACCUGUUUCAAAUGUUUGGAAUUCUCCGUGCGAAAAAAAUACUUCUCCUGUAUCACCAUCAACUCCAUCAAAACUGGAAAAAUCACCUCCUGCAGCUUACAAAAGAAUUUCCGUAUCCCCAGUUCAUAGUGAUCGCGUUUUAGAAAGGUACGAUUCUCCUAAAAGAUCGUUAUUAACCGAAGUCAGAAGGCUUUCUCCUAUUCUUCAAGGUUCACCACACACUCCGAUUAUUCCUGCCAAGGCUUAUGAACCUUUACGAGACAGGUUAGGUGGACCUGGUUCGCCGGGAAGUGCUGGAAUCAGUCCUGGAGAUGAGGGCCAGAGGUUAGUUUUAUUAAUAUUUACUUUUUUUUUUUUUUCAUUAAGUAUAUCCCCUCAUGGUUCUCCAAUCAAAUCCUCAUAUCAAGGUUCCUUAAUCCUACCGUUUGUUCCAUCAUCUUUGAACUUAUCUCCAAAAACAAACGAUUACGGUCGGUACUGGUCGGUUGUCGAAAAUAAAAACCUUGAAAAAAAAAGCCAAGAAAAUUUUAAAAUUAAGAAGAUCAUGAAAUUGUCAGAUAAUUUUAAAGAAGGAGGUUUUACACAAAAAAAAUUAUUUAAAUCUCAUGAAAAUCAUAUAAAUCAUAAGGAGGUUGUUAAAACGAUUUACAGUAAACAGGAAAAUUUAUGUUUAAGUUAUAAAACGGAAAAUAGAAAAAAAGAUCAAGUUUUGAAUUAUUGUGAAAAAAAAUUAGAAAAAAAAAAUUGCAAAAGAAAAUCCCAGUGCAGUAAUUUAGUUGAAGCAGGAAAAAAUAUUAUUGUCUCCCCAGAAAUAAUUGAUUCCGGUAAAAAAAUUCAAGUUGAAACGUAUAAAAAACCCAGCUUAUUAAAUCCGAAAGACAAUUUGAAUUCCGCAAAUCAAUGUUUAAAGAGUUCUGAAGAAUUCGUUAGUAGGAAUACUGUUGACAGUAAUAAUAUUAAAUCACAUAAAAAUAAUACCAAAGUAUCAUUUUCUCAAAAGAAAAAAGAAAUAUAUAAAAAUAUUGAAACAGUUAAAAAAAAAGCAUUUUUAGGUAAACGAUUCUGCCAGUCUCAUUUUAAAUUCGAAGGUGAUUUUAAAAGAAAUUUAGAUUACAAUUGGAGUAAAAAAGAAAGUGUUGCUUUGAGAAAAAAUAUAAAAAAACAAUGGUCGGUUGAAAAAAGAGAUUGUUUUUGGAAAAAAAAAAAUGAAUGUGGAAUAAGAGAAAAAAUGAUAAAAAACCGAACGACUGUUCUCGGUAGUUCUGACGAACAUUUAACUCCCUAUUAUAAUUUUCCUUCCUCAGAUUACGAGAAUUCGGAAAAUUCAUAUUUUCAUAAUGGUCUUUACAAUAGAUCUGACAGCAGCCCUUGUGACACCAUGGAUAAACGUCAUUCAUCACCCAGAAGAUCAUUAUCUCCUCCCAGAAAAAGACGCAAAACUUUAGAUAGAGAAAGAGGGAGAAGCAAAGAGAGAAGACGAGAUAAAAGUCGAGAUCGAUUGAGGGAAAAAGAGAGACCUAGAAGUAGGGAUUUAGAGCGAAUGAGGGAUAGAGAAGAACGAAGAUACAAAAGAAGCAAAGAAAGAAGAACUCAUAAAGUUGGCAAAAGGAGAUCAAGGUCUAGAAGUUGGAGAAGAUCACCGCCACAGAGUCCAAGAGAUAAGUAUGGUCGACAGUCUCCUUUUUCAGUCAGAGACAAAUAUAGAAGAAUGUCUCCAUUAGCUUCACCUAGUCCUAGAGAUAAAUACGGAAGAGGGAAAUUAUCGAAAAGAUUACGAUCUAAAACAAGAAGCCCCCCGAUGAGAGUUGUAGGUUCGAGAUCACCGCUAGGUUUAAAGACUUCGAAGGCUAAAAGAUCCCGAAGCCCCGUUUCGCGAGAAUUAGCUUCGUUUACGAAAAUGAGUGAAACUUCUUUAUUUGCGGAACUUGUGAAAGAUAGAAAUCGAAAAGAAGUUGAAGCGAAAUUGGCUGCAGCUGCUAAGGAGCCGAAGAAUACAGUUACAAGUGACAUUCCAAUGCCAAUGUCGAAGGAGAGCGAAAGUGCUCCUUUAUCUUCUGUUGAUGCAGUAGAUACGGUUUCUGGUUCUCUACCUGUUGUAAACGAAGGUUCCACUUUUCCAAAACUCGAAUCGCCAAAGUUUUUCGGGGAUGUUCAGAAAGAAAUAGACGAAUGUGCUAAAUCUAACUUAAGUAUAAGUGAACGAAAAUCAAUUGAAAUGGACAUUGAAGAAACAUACGGGGGAAAUAUUCAAAUUGAGUCCGGAGAAGAAAAAUUAGAAAAUACAAAUAGCAAUACUGAUACGGAAACUGCAAAGAUAAAUUACUCUUCUACUAAAUCAGAAGCGAGCGAUGGUAAAAAUGAGGUCAUUAAAAAAGGCUCUUUUUCUACUUUCGAUAGUUUCCGAAAAGGUUCUCUAGGAGAAUCAUUAAAAAAAACAGUGGAAUUAAGCAAAAAUUUAAAAACAAGUGAUAAAAACUUAAAAAAGGAGUGUAUAAAGUCAAAACAUGGAAGUUUAAUUAAUAAAUUACCUUUACCUCCGGGUAUGAAAAGCACUGAUUUAGAAAGCAUCGAUUCGCCGCCAAGUAGGAGUCCAUCGCCUUUGCCCGUUGAAAAAAAGAAAAAAAGUUUAAGAUCCAUUAAAGACCUUCCCCUGCCUCCUGAAUCAGCAAAAUCUAGUUGUUUGCCGACCAGCAGACAAGUGCCUCGACCAAAGUUAAAGCGUCCAAAAAUUCUUAAUAAAAGACGAAGUUCUAGAAAUAGUCAUUUGCCCAUGUCGGCAUCUGCUGGCAAGGAUUGGGGUGAAAGAUGCGUUGAUGUUUUUGAAGUUAUCGCCCAAAUAGGAGAAGGAACUUAUGGCCAGGUGUAUAAAGCUAGAGACGUGCGAUCAAAUGAAUUAGUAGCAUUAAAGAAAGUUCGUUUGGAAAACGAAAAAGAAGGAUUUCCAAUAACGGCUGUGAGAGAAAUAAAAAUUUUGCGACAACUCAAUCAUAAAAACAUAGUCAAUUUAAGGGAAAUAGUGACUGAUAAACAGGAUGCUUUAGAUUUUAGAAAUGAUAGAGGAUCCUUUUAUCUUGUUUUUGAAUAUAUGGAUCACGAUCUAAUGGGAUUACUCGAAUCUGGAAUGGUUGAAUUUAAUGACGUUCACAACGCUUCCAUCAUGAAACAGUUACUGGAUGGCUUAAACUACUGCCAUGGUAAAAAUUUUCUGCACAGAGAUAUCAAAUGCAGUAAUAUUUUAAUGAAUAAUAGGGGGGAGGUAAAAUUAGCAGAUUUUGGACUGGCUCGACUGUACAGUGCCGAAGACAGAGAUAGACCGUAUACAAAUAAAGUAAUUACUCUGUGGUACAGACCUCCUGAACUUUUAUUAGGAGAAGAAAGAUAUGGUCCUGCUAUUGAUGUAUGGAGUUGCGGGUGUAUUUUAGGGGAACUUUUUGCUAAAAAACCAUUGUUUCAAGCCAACGUAGAAUUAAUUCAAUUAGAUAUAAUCUCAAGACUGUGUGGGUCUCCUACUCCAGCCGUUUGGCCUUCAGUUAUUAAACUUCCAUUAUGGCACACAAUCAAACCUAAAAAAAUUUAUCGACGGCGUCUAAGAGAAGAAUUUUUUUUCAUGCCUUCUACAGCGUUGGAUCUUUUAGAUAAAAUGCUUGAAUUAGAUCCGGAAAAAAGAAUAACAGCAGAAGAAGCCCUUCGUUCACCUUGGUUAAAAAAUGUUCAGCCUGAAAACAAUAUGUCUACCCUUCUACCGACGUGGCAAGAUUGCCACGAACUUUGGCUAAAAAAGAGACGGCGACAAAUGAAAGAACAAGAAGCAAGCCAAAAUUUACCUCCAGGAAAACCCCCAGUGAAUAAAGAAAAAGAAUACGUCGAAGGAGGACCGUCUAAAGGAAUUAAAUUAGAAACCGGAAGUAGAAGUAAUCAUACAAAUGACAAUUCGGAAAAUUCAAAAUCUCCUCUUCCUGAAACGAGCAUACAAAAACAACUUCAAACAAUAGCACAUGCCAUAAUAAAUAAAAAUCCAGUUAGAGUGGAACAAUUGACUUCGCUGACAAUAACAAAAGAAAUUGAUUCAUUUGCUUAUCAAUUAAUAGAAACAUUAAAAUCAGAAUUAACAAAUGCAUCUAAAGGAAAAAUUUUAGAUCCAAAAGCUCACGUUUUAAAUCCCCAGGGACGUCACGCAAUGCAAGAAACUGUUUUCGAUGCCCAAGCAGUAUACGCAGGAGACAAUGCAGUAUCUAAUAUAAAAAAACAUAGCGGAUCAGUUUUGGCGACAGAUAGUUUAAGAGCUGGUUUGGCAGCUCUUUUACGAAAAAAUGGUUUUUCAGCAGCCGCAUCACUAAUUUACCAAUUAGGAAAUACAGGUAUAGAAGAGAUUUCAAAUCCGUACCUGCCCGGGCCCGAGGAGGGCGAAGGGCCAAAUCCUGAGAAGUCUUUUCCCGGAUCCUAUGAGUACCCGCAAGUUCUACAGGUUUCUCACGAUAACAACUUGGAGAACCUCUACAAUUCUUCUUUUAUUAAGCGUACCGUACCUCAGCACGAACCUGACAACCUCAAAUUAGUUAAUGCGAUAAUUACACCGGAUAUCAAAACGAAUUCUAUUGAAAAAUGUUUCGAUAUAAAACGCGAUACUAAAAUAAUACCGGAAAUGCGGGAAGAUUUUCUUCGUACUCAAAAUAAAAAUUCUAUUUUCCACAGUGAGAUUUUGUUUGAAACGUCUAAAAUGAACAAAGCAAUUAAAAAUUAUGAUUCAAAAGGAUUUCCCUCAUCAAAGGAAAAUGAAUCGUUGACAAAUUCAUCGUUGAAAUUUCAAGAAUACAAAAAUAAAAAUGGUGAUAAUUAUUCAACCGAAGAAAUUUGUUCUGAAUUUUUAAAAACUAUGGAAAAUAAAGGAAAAGAAAAGGAUAUAUUAAAAACGUCCGAAGAAUGGUGGUCAUCUGAAAAUAAAAUUACCAAUGAAAAAAAAUUUAUUAAAGAUGAUGAGAGAAAUUAUGAAGUGUGCAACAACCAUGAUGAUGGUGUUAUAUUUCCCAAGGACGAAUCAAAUAACAAAACAAAAUUUAUUAAAUUUCAAGAAAUGGAUAAAUUAUCAGAAAGUGAUUCGGUGGAAAAUGAAAAUUGUGAAAAAACCAAAAUUGUAGACAAUGAUGGGAAAAAUUUAUUGGAAAAAAAAAUAAAUGAUGAUUUGAAAAAUGAAUUUAAAAUGCCGGAUAAAUCAAUUAUAAUUAAGAGUAAAGAUGAGGGUUCAAAAUUAAUGAUUCAAAAAUAUGUAAGGAAUAAUUUAUCUUGUAAAGAAUUGAAAAAAAUUACAGAAAAUGAAAGAGAAAAAAAAAAAAAAAUUUGUGAUGAUAAAAUCCUGUCGGAAGUCAAGUACAAUAAUAUAAGCCCGAAAACGAAUUUUUUUCCUUAUGAAAUUUCAUCAUCUGUUGAUAUGACAAAAGAAAUUUCUAAAAAUGAAACAGAAGAAUUUUAUUCAAUUCAAAAUAAUUUUAUUUUAGAAAAAAAUGAAAAUUCAUAUCAUAGAGAGGAAACCUAUGAUGAUGAUGAUGAUGAUGAUGACACUUCGAUUCAAGAAAAUAUAAUUAAAAAAACUUUUACUUUUCCAACAAAGAGAGAAUUAUUAAUGUUAAAAAAAUUUCAUCUUCCAUGCAAUUGGAAAACUAAAUUACCAAAAUAUUUAAAUCCGGAAGUAUUGGCGGAUAAAUUGUAUACAAUUCCAGGUUGUUUCAGGUAUUCACCUGGUCUUAUUAAUUUAGUUUUACAAAAAACAGCUAAACAUAAAGAAAAAUAUUUAAGGAAAUUGAAACGUAAAAAUGAAAUAAAAAAAUGUUUUCCCAUCGUCAAAGAUAAUACAAUAAACGAUUUGGAGCCAUCUUUAAAAAUUAUUGAUAAUAAAAUUACGGAUUCAAAUCUUUGUUUAAUUCAUGAUAAUAAAACAAUUAAUAAUUCUGACAUUGAAGAAGAACAUAAAAAAAAAGUUUCCAGUAUUUCAGAAAAUUUUGAAAGUGCAUCUAAACGUUUUUUUUCUCUUCAAAAAGAUGAUUUUGAAAAAAGAUUUUUGAUAAAGAAAACUCCUGAAUGA